GGGGAUAUAAGGUGCUGUAAGAGGACAAGGCGAGCGUACAGAACUCGAAUAGAUAGUGAAAGUCCCCCGGAGCAGGGAACAAGAGCAUGAGGGUACGGUGGAGAGGGCAGGAACGGGGGGUCCAGUAAGGUAUAUGAGGGCCUCAGUUCGAGCAACAGCCGGUACUCUAGCCUCGCUGCCUACUUACAUUCACAUACACUAACACAAUCGAACGAACAGGACACAAUGUACACCUACGUGACGGUGGCAACGGUGGUUGGUCUGAUACUGUCGGUAUCGGCACAGCAGUAUCAACAGAUCGACGACUAUGCCGAUUAUCAGGCACCUAGGCCAGCUCACCCAACCCCAAGGAGUUAUUCGUCGGAUGCAGCACCGACUCGACAACAAGCAGCAGCACCGCCCAGUCCGAAACCAACGCCGGUGGCUAUUCUCAAGCAAAUCAAUAGACACAACGAGGAUGGUUCUUAUACGUAUGGUUUCGAAGGAGCCGACGGUUCUUUCAAGAUCGAGACGAAAUUACCAGGUGGCGAAGUGAAGGGCAAGUACGGAUUCGUCGACGAUACUGGAAAGGUCCGAGUUGUUGAGUACGGAGCGAAUCAAUACGGUUUCCAACCGGCUGGCGAAGGUAUCACAGUGGCUCCGCCGACCUUGGUAGACGAAACAACGAGUAAAGAGGCUCUACAAGCUCAGAACUAUCAGGAUUAUGACUAUCAACAAGCUGCCAGACCUCAACCGGCUCAACCAGCUAUUCCACGUCAACCCCAAUACCAAUCACCGCCUCAAACGCACACCCAAGCUGUUUAUGCACCAGCACAACAGGCUCCCUCACAACCGGCUUUACCAAAAGCACCGAUCUUCUCUCCAACGAUUUCUCGUCAAUCACCUUUGCUACAACAGUCCUACGACGAACCAGCACCAACCUCUCAGGUUUACAAUCAAGGUCCCGCUCAAUUCGCUCCGGCUCCAGUUCAGGAACGCGGCCAACCUCAAACGCGCAGUCAAAGUGGUGGUAUCCUUGAUCAGCUUGCUAGAGAUUACGCUCUACCGCAAGGUGUAGCGCCACCAUUGCACGACAUUAGCUUCGGUUAUUACUAGCUCGUCUAGUCUAAUAUCAUCGAUUCUAUGACUGCCAGAAAUCAUACAGUGCAUUUUCUUUUAUUUUUCCUUUUUUUUUUUUUUUUUCUUUCUAAUUCAUACUUAGAGAUUAGGGAUCCGCGUCAUAAAAAAAGAAUGGAUUCGAGGACGGUACGAUAAUGAUGAACGAGUGAAUUCUAUAACUCGUGAUUAUUCUGUGUACGAUUUACUACCGGAACAAUUAUGUUCACGUUUCGUUAAGGUUGAUCGAUCGCUCUUAAAAAGAAAAGGAGAGAGAGAGAGAGAGAGAAAGAGAAAGAGAAGGGGAAGUAUCUCGAGGUCAAUCGAUAAAGUCGAUUUCUGUUAAUUCUUUUUUUGCUUUCUAUGAACUCUUGCGAAAGCAACAGGCAUCAAGAUCAAAUCAUGAGGAUCCUUGUUCCGAUAGUUUGUCCGUGAACCGUAAUCCUUUCUUUGGACGAUUACAAUUAUAUUAACGCGAAUUCUUGCCAUUUACGCCAAACUUCGUAAAUUAUAUGAAUUAGGCGAAGCGGAAAAAUGGAUUCGAAAAACAGUAUGAUUAGUUCAUUAUGAAAUUGUUAAUCGGCACUGUACGUGCUCUUUAUGAGAAAAAAAAAAAGAGAAAGGAAAAGGACACGAGUAUUGUCGUGUUCUCGAGUCACGUGGGAGCCCACGUCUCUCCUCCAUUUUAUCAUUAGGUUAUUAUAAUGUAAUUAAAUCGAAAUAAAGAGAAGAUCAUUAAUAAAACGAAUAUCCCACGAUAA